AUGACAAUCAAUUUCGUUUCUAUAGAUAGCGACUUCUGCGGCCUGUGUGGGACGAUUCUCGCUCUCCCACCAAAUGCCCCGGCUGAUGUCUCAUGUAAAGUUUGUAAUACUAGGUGGCACGUGAAGGGUCAGUUUUCAAAACUGUUGACCAAAUAUAAACGAAAAUAAAAUUUUUGAGAGAAGAAAGACCAUCUAGUUUGUCGAGUAGAAAAAAUUUACGAGAGAACAGUGGCAGACACUGACGGAAUUGAACAAGAAGAAAGCGUCGAUUCAGUAGUUGAACACGUCUGUACAAAGUGAGUUCAUUAAUUAUCAUCAUAGAAUUUUCUGAUUCAGGAUUAUAUGUGUUAACAACUCAGUAAAAAAAUUGCUCAACUUAAAUUUCCCGCUUUUUAGUUUUUUUUUCUUAUUGAAAAGGUUUUCGGUCAGUUAAAUGGCUUCUAGAAAUUUGAAAGUUUUUUUGUACAAUAUUCAAAAAUUAAAUUAAGAUGUGGACACAACAAAGCAACCUACUCCACAAUGCAGACAAGGUCCGCAGACGAAGGUCAAACCGUUUUUUACACAUGCUUGAAGUGUAAAAGAAAAGAUAUUGAAUAUUCCUGAUUCCCUCAUAUUCUCGUUGUUGUUAUUUCUGCUGUUGUUAUGUAUAAAAUUUUUGAUCGUUACUUUGUUUUUUUUUAUCACUGUACUGUAUUGACGGUGCUUUUUAUUUCACUUCCAAACGUUUUCUGAUCAAUAAGUUUAUUUGUUUUAAAAACGCUCUUGAUAAUUAAGAUGUCUCGUGGAAGUAGCGCUGGUUUCGACAGACACAUUACGAUCUUCUCUCCUGAAGGUCGCGUUUACCAGGUUCAUUUUCAAAUGUUUUCCCUCAAGUUCAUGUUUACUGCAGGUCGAGUACGCAUUCAAGGCGAUCAAUUCUACUAAUCUCACCGCAGUCGCUGUCAAGGUUAAUCGAUUUUCCAAAAAAUAAUCAAAAGUGGUAGAUCAGGAAAAAUUUCAAUUGGACCCUGAAAGUCAAAUGCAAAAGAGUGGUGAAAGAGUCUUACAAAUUUACCUUGAAAUGAUAAAUGGCUCAAAUAUGCUUUUUAGAAGUAAAAGUUAGUUUUAGCUCAUACAGAAACUUAUAUUAUAAUCUCACACAUAGGGUUAUGAAAGUUUUCCAGAUUAGUUUCAGAUAUAUACAAUUUAUUGGAGAACCGCUCACCACUUUACUGCGUACUGUCUCUUUGCGCUCUAAUGUCAGCUGUAGUAUUUCCAAUAUUGGCGAAUGUCAUAUCAUCUACCGUGUUUGAUCUUGAACAGUUCUAUUGCGCGAAAAGAGGCGUGCUUUCGCUACGCUUCAAAUUAAAAAUUCUCCAUUGAGUCUCUGCGAAACAUUUUCAACGCAAAAGUACAGAUAAUACCGUAGUCUACAAUGUUUUUCCGGGCGUUUAGGGAAAGGACACCUCCGUGAUUGCUGUGCAGAAACGCGUUCCUGACGGUCUGAUAGUCGCCGACACGGUCACUUCUGUCUAUCAACUGACCCCGACCAUCGGCUGCGUCGCCAUCGGACUCAUUCCUGACGCAAAGUUCCAGGUUAUCUUUUUUUUUUUGAGUUUUCAGAUUUUCUCAAUAAUUACUUCUUAUUUUGUGAAUUUGAUAAUCUUCGAAAUAACGUUUUUAAUGUUUUUAAUUUGCGAUGAAUUUACUCAAUCUGCGAACUAUUGAAAAAGGUGCCCCGUCCCGUCUGCGUACCUUUUUUCUAGUUGGUAUAUAGAAAUAAGAAAAACGUUUACAUGGAACAAGCUUAGUGUGCAGAAAAAUCAGACAGUUCCAAAUAAGAUCAAGAAGAAAAAACUUGUUAGGUUUUCCUGAGCUUACUUUUUUGAAGUGUGUUUAUAUUUUUGAAUUUUAAGUUCAUUUAGGUUUUCUUGUUUUCAUUAAAAGUUACCUUUGGUUUUUUUUUUUUUGAAAAUCAAAACUUUUCCAUUCUCACUCGUAAGAACUGUAUGGAACUGAAUAUAACUGAAUAAUUUUAACAUGUACAUUAUUAUACAGGUCCGCCGAGCUCAGUCAGAAGCGGCCAGUUGGAAGUACAAGAACGGCUAUGACAUGCCUUGCGAACUUUUGGCCAAGAAGAUGGCAGAUCUCAACCAAUACUACACGCAAAACGCCGAAAUGCGCAGUCUCGGAUGCGGUUUUUCUUCUGAAUCUUGAUUAAACCCUUCAAAAAUUCAUUUCAGCCCUUAUCAUGAUCGCGUACGACGAUGAGGACGGUCCAGUCGUUUUCCGGGUCGAUCCAGCUGGUUAUUACCGCGGCAUGAAGGGUGUUUCUGUCGGCGUUAAGCAGGUCAGUACAAACAUUUUCGCGAUCUUAAAUUUUCAAAUGUUUUCCGCUAAAAGCUGACAAGGCUAAAUGUGCUAACUUUCCAUGGAAAUUAAUUCUCACGCUGAGCUGCUUAUUCCAUGUUCCGCAAUAAUGAGCUCUUCUGUAGACAUAUUUUACCGUUUCACCAUUUCUCAAAAAUAUGCUCUGCAAGUUUUUUUUUCAAUCUGCUUUCUUCAGGUGGCUGCGACAUCAUUUCUUGAGAAAAAAAUCAAGAAGAAGGCAGAUUUAUCAGGCGCAGAAGCCAUCGAAUUGGCGCUUGAGGCCCUUCAGACAAGCUUGGGAAUUGACGUCCGUGCCAAGGACCUUGAAGUCGCUGUCAUCACAAAGGAAAACAAAAAGUUCUCGUAAGUUGCCUGUUUAAAUAUAAAAUGAAAUUUUGCUAUUUUACAUUCUAGAAGAAUUGUCGAUAGUUUUCAAGUUUCAACGGUCAAUAAUUUUUUCAGGAAGUUGACAGGCGAACAAGUCGAGCACCAUCUUAAUCAAAUCGCCAACCGGGAUUAA